GCCCACUGCCAAAUCCAGUCGCCAAUUCCCGGCUCUCCCCCGAUGCCGACGCUCCGCAGCGCCACGCUGAGCCCAGCCCCGGCGGCCACCCCCUCCCCGACGGCCGCCACCCCUUCCCCGAAGGCCGCCGCCACCACCCCGAGCAGCGCCGCCAAGCGCCGCAUGACCGCUCGCCGCGCCGCCGAUUCGCCCGAUUCGCCGCAGUUCACCUCCCCCCACAAGUCCCCGCUCGCCGGCUCCGCCCACUUCGGCGCCCCGAAGAUGCUCUCGGCCUCGCCCAAGUCCUCCCGGAAGCGUCUCUACGGCGACCUCGUCCCGGCGGAGAGGCCCAAGUGGAACCCAAGAGAUCCCGCGCAGAUGCAGGCUGUCAAGGAGGCGCUGCACGUGGCCACGACGCCCUCGUGCGGCCUGGUUUGCAGAGACGAUGAGCAAAGGCGCGUGUUCGAGUUCUGCAAGGCGUGUGUCCAGCAGGAGAGGGCAGGGAGUCUCUACGUGUGCGGGUGCCCCGGUACAGGGAAGACGUUGUCAAUCAGCAAGGUCAAGCAGAGCGUGUCGCGCUGGGCUGAUGAGAUGGGAAUGGAGACGCCUGAUGAUUUGUCAAUCAAUUGCACCAACUUUGGUAACACAUCUGACAUUUUUGGCAAGAUACUCGAAAAAUUCCAGGUUCGGAAAAAGGCAGGUGGCAAAUUGUCACCACUUCAGCAACUGCAGCGUAUGUUUUCUCACAAAGAAUCUGCUCCAAGGAGAAUGCUAUUGGUCGUUGUGGAUGAGAUGGACUACUUGAUAACAAGAGACCGGGCUGUGCUACAUGACCUUUUCAUGCUUACCACCCUCCAGUUCUCGAGAUGCAUACUGAUAGGAAUUGCAAAUGCAAUUGACCUAGCAGAUCGGUUUCUUCCAAAGCUUGAAUCCUUAAAUUGCAAGCCACUUGUUAUAACUUUCCGAGCCUAUUCCAAGGAUCAAAUAUCCAACAUAAUUAAUCAUAGGCUAAAGGUUCUUGAGUAUGAUGUCUUCGAGCCAAUGGCCAUAGAAUUUUGUGCUCGGAAAGUAGCUGCAGCCACUGGAGACAUGAGAAAAGCUCUUGGUGUUUGCAGGAGUGCUGUGGAAAUAUUUGAAUCAGGACUACAAGAUUCUUCUGAUAAAGGAGCUGGAGUUGUUACAUUUGACCAUAUGGACAUUGCCUUGUCGAAGGUUUUCAAGCCAGCAGUAGUAAAUAACAUACUAUGCCUUCCCCAACACCAACAGAUGGUGCUGUGUGCACUUGCAAAUACCUUUCAGCAUUCCAGGAAAAAGGCUACUACUCUAGGAGAGCUCAACAAAUCAUACAUAGAAAUUUGUAGAUCGACCCAAGUUCCAGCAGUUGGGAUGCUUGAAUUUUCUAACAUGUGCAUGAUAUUGAGCGAUCAGGGAUACUUGAAGCUAGGGCAAUCCAAAGAAGAUAAGCUCAGAAGAGUAACCCUUCAGAUUGACAUUUCAGAUAUUACUUUUGCAUUUAAGGGUAGCCGAUUCUUUGAGAAGUGCCUUGAGCAACCAAAAUUUUAGUGAGAGCACCAUGCUUCCUAGGAUUUUUUUAAGUAGUGCAAGCUUGUCAAAGUAAGAAGCCCAAAAGGCUCAGGCGCUCUCAUUCAUUGUAUCCAGCUUUUUCAGUCAGUCGUCUGCUGGUUACCAGGGUUGAUUUAUGGAGGAACUCUUUCUUACUGCCGAAAGUGUACAUGCCAUAGAGUUAUCUAGUUGCAAUACAGCUCCUCCAAAAGAUAGUUGAAUUUACUUGGUUUUCAUUUGUGUUUUAUUUGUAGCAAUUGGUCAUGUAGUUAGCCAUUGGUGUACCAAUAAUUUAUUUUAGCUGAGCAGUAAUGCAGAGCUGGGACAUUUUUUUAUUUAAGUUGUCAGAAAUUGUACAUCAGUGAUAAUUGUACUCAGGUGGCUUUCCCCUGUGAGAUGAACAUAAUUUUGCUGUGGAAUGCCUUUA